UUGGGACGGACUCGCCCUCAGAUCGAUUGCUCCGUUUAAAGAGGACGUAUCCCACGAGGCCACGACGAUGGCCGCAUCGGGAGGCUCUUGCGGCGGGUGCGCGUGGCCGGACCUCCAGCCGGAGAUGUUGGGCGUCGUGCUCUCGCGGGUGCCGUCGCACGCCGACCGCGUCCGCCUCGCCGCCGUCUGCCGCCCAUGGCGUUCCACCGCGCGGCUGCUGCGUCCUCUUCCUCGUGCACGGCGACGGCAGGCUCUCGCGGGGGAGCUGCUACCCCCGCUGCUCCCGUGGCUCGCCCUCUGCGAUGGCACCUUCCUCAGCCUCCCCGACGGCGCCGUGCACCGCCUGCCCGUCGCGGAUGACGCCUCGAGCCGAGUCUCCACCGGCAGCGCGCUCUUCCUCGUGCACGGCGACGGCAGGUGCUGCCUGAUGAACCCUUCCCCCGUGACGACGAGCCCCGUCCCCGAGGCCGCCGACUGGUUCCGAGAAAACCCGACCGUCCGGAAGGUGUUAAUGUCCGACCACCUCGUCGCCGCCCUGGUGAAGUCCAAUGAGCGCAAGAUCAACAGCUCCACGACCACGAAAAUCAUCAUCUCCACUCGUGGGCAGCCGGACGCGGAUUUUUACAGCUCAGAUUUCUGGACACCCCUUAUCCUUACCCUCCAACAUUGCUUUAAGAUCCGUACACCAAAACAAUGUUUUGUUGAGCUGCCAAGUUCAUAUGUUGUUCUAUAUGGGAGAAACAAAAAAGACAAAUGUACUCGCACGAAUCGCGAUGCAAAAAUGAGUGACUAUAUAAGGGGGUGUAUGAAAGCCUAUGCUUUCUCAAAUGUUAACCGUGGGCAGGCAUUGGACACCAUGAGGUGCUCCACGACGGAGUGGGCGGCGCCUGAAGACAGCUGCGUCAGCGACAUCGCGCUAUUCAAAGGAAAGCUCUACGUCCUCCUCGACACACAAGACGGGGAAUACGGACAGCAGCAUGAGCUUCGUGUCCUGGACGACGGCCGCGAGCAGACAGCCAUCCCCGGCACCCGAAUCCACGGGCACGAAUCGUUUAACGCUUACGCGACUGACAUGUACGUGCAGCGGAACUAUCUCGUCGUCUCCGGCGACCGGCUGCUAAUGGUGGAACGAAGGAUCUACCAGCCGCCGAUGCUCCCGGUAGACUCGGGGAUUGAGAAGCGGACUCGUCUCUUCAAGGUCUUCGAGGCAACGGACCUGAGCAUCGGCCGUGGGCUCUGGACCGAGGUCGAUACGUUGAUGGGGCGCGCGCUCUUUGUCAGCGGAGGCUGCUCGCAGUCUCUCCCUGCCGGGGGUCAAUCUAGCGGCGUCGGAGCUCGAGAAGAUUGCAUCUACUUUGUAAACGAGGAUCACGCAGAUACAGACAUCUCCGACUUCGAGGAGGAAAUCUGUGAGAAUCCCUUUCUAGACUCUGGCGUGUACAACAUGGGAGAUCACACAAUGACGCCGUUGCCGUCGGAGGCUGUUGCGGCGCCCGCUGCCGGCGACGGUCCAUGGUCUCCGACUUGGCUUUUUCCAGAGACCUGA